AUGUCCGAGGAUACCAAAUCCCGGCAGGCGCUCUUGAGGACAUUCGUCACUUGCAAUCACAUUCUUCACAAAAAUGGCAUCCUCGAUGCAUACGGCCACAUCAGCGUCCGCAAUCCUGAGAACCCAAACACCUUCUUCAUGAGUCGCAACAUGCCGCCCGCGCUCGUCUCGUCUGCCGAUGACGUGGUGGAAUACCAGAUUGAAGACGCAGAGCCCAUCGCGAAGAACGCCCCAAGAGGCUUCAUCGAGAGAUACAUCCAUAGCGAGAUAAUGAAGCGCUUCAGCGGCGUCAACGUCGUCGUCCACGCACACACGCCUGAUAUCCUGCCCUUCACCAUAGCCCCCGUCCCGCUCCGGCCCGCAAUCCACAUGGCCGGCUUCCUGGGCACACACGUCCCCGUCUGGGACAUUGCGGAUGCAUACUGCUCGGGCGACAAGCCAGAUCUGCUCGUGCGCAACGCCUCGCUGGGCCAGGCCUUCGCCGCCGCAUAUCCCGCCACAGACGCAUCCGGGGCGCAAUCCCGGGAAUCCGUAGCAAGGGACGUGCCCACGCAGCCGCUCGUGCUGAUGCGCGGACACGGCUUCACCGCGUGCGCCGAGAGUCUCGAAACAGCGUUGUUCUACGCCAUCUACACGCUGAACGCAGCACGCGUGCAGACCAGCGCGCUCGCGCUGCGGAGCGCGCAGCUGCUGCAAGGUAACGAUCAAACGGCCUCGGAAACGAAGGCAGAGGCCGUCGUUUUCCUGUCUGAAGCAGAGGCACAGCAUACGUGGGCCAUGAACAAAGGGACCAUGGCUAGGCCGUGGGCGCUGUGGAGUAGGGAGGUCGAAGUUGAUCCGCUGUACCGGAAUGAUGUGUAG